AUGUUGACCCAGAGCCAAGGAAGGGUAGCUGCCCGUGCCACCGUAGUCUGCUGGCACAGUGACUCGGUGCUGCAGGGCGGCGCGAGGUUAGACGGCCGGCUGCCGCCUGACCCGCCGGGGCUCAAAUCUGUAGUGCAGCCACUCACGAAGUAUUGCACGAAGGUGCUGGACCUGAUGCAUCGCUGCUCAAGUCCCAUGGUCAUGAUGACCAAUGGCCAGCAACCUUGGCAGUGGCUACUUUUGCUGCUGGGCCGAAGAUGGCACGCGCACUCGCUGCUGGAAGGCUGCCUCGGUCAGGCAAGGACAUGGCAGCCAGUCUGUGGCUUGGUCCGCGGACGAUGGCAUGUGUACAUGCGCAACACCAUACCGCAGCGUGAUGCUGUUGCUACACUGGACGCGUCGCGGUGCGUGACGCUCACUGUGCGCGUGGCACUUGAUGUACGCGAGGUACCCCUAGUGCACGCGACACUACUUGUGCACGUGGCACUUGAGGUGCACGAGGCACUUAUGGCAGUCGUGGUCCUGUAUGGACUGUGUGCCAUGCGGUCUUGCACGCACACCGACCUGGUGUUGGUCGCCGCGACGCAGGAUGCGAUCGCCGGUGACGGAGGGCAAUACACCCCACACCACGAUGAAGUACCCUUGCGGUACCCUGGUGUCGAAGGAAGACACCUAAGCGUCGGCGACGUGAUGGCCGUGACGCGCUGCAGGGCUUUAGACAAGUCCGCCGCGUUGCUCUGUAUGAUGAGCGGGUUGCUGGAAGCAGCCAUGGUCGCUCAAGCAAACACGACGUUGAAGCAUCAUGCUUCAUGGCUGUGGUCAGCGCUUGACCAUAGCCCAUGGGUCGAGCCGACGUAUUCGGCCGACAGACACUCCGCGCCGUGCGAGCAGGGCCCUGUCGGGCCGCUGUCGUGGCCGGAGAUGAGCAGCACAGCUCUCUCCAUGGUUACGCUACGCGCUGACCGGAAAGGUGCUGUCCCUCGCGGGAGGCACUGCAGCACGAACGUGCCAGCGGGGCCCGAGGGCCAUGCGACGCCAACUACUGGUUGUCUACGAGGGACACCGCAAGUUUGGAGGCACAUGCAUCCCGUGCCGAGGCACUCUGCGCCUGCUAGCGCUGUGAAUACGGCCACUAAACGCGUCGGCUUCGCGGCCAACAUCGCCGAGGGCAGGGGGGUUCCGCGCGGGGUGCCCGCUGCGGGCACAAGUCACUGUGGGCGUGACGAUGAGGCGCGCCAGCCUUGCGGCGGCAGCGCCCGAGAAUCUGACCUUUGGGUGUUCGGAUUCUCUUGA